GGUGGCAGGCUGCUUCCGACCCCAGGGCAAAAUUGGUCGCUGGGGAGUUGGAAAGCGGAUGUCGAUCAACCCGGGAGCCUCGUCAACAAUGCUUACUUUCGUCAUUGUUAAAGAGAUCAACGACCUGCUCAACGACCGGUAACGGAAGAUUCACACUACAAUACAGAUUCCCGCCGUACUUCCCUCUGCAUUUGCAGCUGUGGCGGCAUAGCAUGGAACGACAAUCGCUUGCGGUCUCAUGGUGCACUCGAAGUGAAACAGUUGCGUACUACCACAUGCAUGACUCGUCGCUUGGGAUUUCCACGGCGUAGUGACAGAUGUCAAGGCAUGGGCAAAUGUCCUUGGGAUGGACUUUGUCCCAAUUCGCAUACCCCCUGGGCGAGGUUCUGGUCUGAAUAGGAAGCUGCGCGGACCUCGAUGGGUGGACGGGAGGCCACGAAGCGUUUCACAAAUGCCAGAUCAGAUACUAGUCGAAGGUGCAGGCUCCAGAUGAUUCUGUGUUGUAGAGAAAAUUCGUCAAAGCUGCCCCAGAAUGACGAGGUGGCAGCUCCACUUGAUCUGGGUGGAGUGCAAGCCCAUCCAUCUUUGUCUCGGACGUGCCACCCGGCUUUUUGGUGUCAAACCAAGGUAGUGAAGCACAAACACAACACUCAUACUGAAUGAGACCUUGAGCUUGUGGUAAACUCAGCCCCUAGAUGGAGACAUUGGUAUAGUCUGGGAGUAUCUGCCAUAUGCCACGCCGCAUUACUCUCACCUUGUUCAAGUCGUGGAUAAAGUGCAGUGAGUGCAUGGUUCAAGGCUGACUGCCAAGACCUCCAGCCUCGUGGUGAUGAUUAGUAAGAGAACGAGGCUCAGGCUGCUCGUUUAGCAGUAGGAAACAACUUACCACUACGGAGACAGACCAAUAAGUUCACUUGAAGAAGAGAAUAUCUCGAAGAGACAGAAACAGAGGGAAAGAAGAAGUGACUUUUUACCUACCCUACCACUUAUCACUAUUUCGGGGCGACGUUGGUACAUACCUAAGUACAUACGCAUCGUCCACGAGUACCAACACCCACGUCCGGCUGGCAGGGGUAAGUUGACAUGACAUUUGGGAGAGAUUUUUUGUCGUGUGUUCUUGGGAAACGUUCUUCACAUGAUUAGCACCUCGGGACACUCUCAGAUACUGGAGCUAUCUUCUCGAUUUCCUUACGGCCCGGUGUCGAACAAGCCCUUGCUAGCAUUGAAACGCCUAUCAGAACUCUCAUCCAUAUAUUUCUGGCUUGAUAAAACAGUCGGGUGCGUUGGCAACGGACGAAUGAGAUGUGAUCAUCUGGCAUGGGAGGAGUAAAAUCCGUGAUUGAAAUGGCACAGCCAUGUCAAGCCAGAACAACUUUCAUGGGCUUCUUGAACGGGAAUCUGAAAUCUUCAACCUCUCGGUCUAGGUCCAUGUGGUUGGCAUACAGCAUCGUGCCGGGUACCACAUGGUCCUGCCAUGCGCUCAAUCCGGCGAUACUUAGAUUUUACUAGUAAAUCAGUUUAUCCUUCCGGACUUUCCGCUUUGAAUGUUGAUCAUUAGCCCAUCGAUGACCACAGCGUGGACGCAAAUCAUGAUGUGGUAAGACGUAUGAUGCUGCUGGAGGUUAUCUCCCAAGCGAUCAAGAAGAGCAGGUGUAGGAUGUGAGAUCAGCAGACCUUACUGACUGUAGCCACUUAGCUGAGGUCUACUUCAGUUGUUGACCCUUGACAACAACAGGUAUCAAACGCUCGUCUGAUCAAAGCGGCAGAUAUCAUGGUGGCUGCUCAGAUUGAAGCGGCGGGAUCCGGCUUCCACCCUUGAGUCUCACGUGACGCCAAGCGAAUUGCUUGAGAAAUCCAAUCGCGAUUGAACUUCAAGUUAACUGACAACUUCAAUUGAACUUGAAGCUCGACUUCAGGCCGCAGUCUGGAGUCUAUCUGCAGACUUGAGCUGCUACCACAUAUACUGCUCCGUUCAGGAUGGAGCAUGUGUGCGCGAGAUGCGCGAGGCUCAGUCUCCGGCCGGCGUCAAGGAACGCCUCGAUUUCGCAUCUCAUCAACGGAAGGGGAUUCUCAACGGCCCGGAGUCUUCUUGCUGAAGGCGAUCAGAAGCCUUCCGGAAACUCGGCUUCGAAAUCCUCAGCUUCGGGCUCAGGUUCAGGUUCGCCAAGUGUGGUGAUUCGAAAAACCCCAGUUCGAUCUGGCACCGCCGCCGCUUCUGCAGGUGCAGGCGCUGCCAGGAGACCGCCGCCCGGUCCUAUCCUUCGCCGGACAGGAGCUCAGCGCACUGGCAGUGCACAGAACUCUCCUGCCUCUACCGGUACCCGUACUCCCAGCAUUGCCGGUCAGCAGCAACAAUCAAGGGCGCCUGCGCCAGGACUACUUCUGCGGAGAUCAGGCCCGCCUCGGUCCACGGGCGCUGGAAGAGCAGGACAACAACCGCAACAACAGCAGCCGGGGUCGUAUGGCGCAAGGAGAGGUCUUGGUCAGCCCCAAGGCCAAGGAGCACAACAGUACCAGCGUCGUCAAGGAGCGCAAGCACAAGAACAAGGACGAGGCGCCGGCGGCAGACCGAUCAAUCGCACCGAUCGCCGCAUUCAACGAGCCGAGCGACGCGAAGUAAGCAAGGCGGCCGAGGAGGAGGAUGAAGAUGAUGCCGAUCUUUUGUCCAUCGACGACCAAAUCAACGCGUACAUCAAGACCAACAUUGACCGUCCCGUCAACCCGACUGAAGAGAUCCCCCAUGUACCCGGACAAGAGUUGUCAGUUGAUACUCUCCGGGCUGACUGGCCCAACACCCCGCUCUCGGGCACCGGGUUGACCGAGUCCGUGCAGCAACGCAUCGAGUGGCUUGCCCAUCGCAUUCCGCACGGGUACCAGACACCCAUGCAGCUCGCCGAGCGGUACUACAAAGGCUAUUUGACACGGUUUGAGUCCGAGGAGGAGAAGAAGGAGGUGCUGGCCCUCGCGGCCGAAAUCGCUCGCAAGCGUGCCGACGAGAUCACAGAGAAGAAAAACGUCGAGGCGCAUCCCAAGGACAUGACGUUUGAUGAUGUCGCCUCCAGAGCUGCCGAGCGCCAGGCUCUCGCCGAGACGUACGUCAAAGGCAAAUACCCCGAACCGGAAAAGCAAAAGAUGCCUUUCCUGGACCAGAUUGUGCGCAACCUGAACAACAACGACACUUAUAACGGUUUGCAAUCGGAGCAGUUCAUGCAGACUGUCCACAAGCUGAUGGCCACGCAAGCGCCUCGGUCUCAGAAGAGGACAUAGGGGUGCGGUACCAUCGUGCAUUGAGCGUGGAACUUUCGUUUGCGAUUGAGGGGGAACAGAGUUAUAUUCCAAGUUAACCUAGCUGAACGGACAAACAAAUACUUUUGUACAAAAUUGAGGCCCUAGCAGAUCCAAUCCACCAAGUACUAUCUUCCCUUCAAUCUUGAAAGAUGGACCACUUCCUUGCAAUGGACGCCUGCUGCUGACUGACACUUGAACGAAUGCACUUUUUGCUCUAAGAACACCAAGGUUCGAUCCCAUCCCCUUACUCCUUUCUAAUGGAAGGUAUGCAAGAACGUGUCUUCUCUCCCACGAUAAUGCUUUCCUGAGGCGGUCAAGCAAGGUGUUCCUCUUCUUCCUCUUCUCAGCUGGCUGUGAUCUUCAUCAGCCGUCAAGUCUCAUCAUAAAGACAGCUUAUCGAGCAUCUCUUGGGCAAUCACAUCCCGGCACAACGGACAGCCCGGCUGUUCCAGCUCGAUCAGCCAUUUAACCAGACACCCCUUGUGGAACUGAUGCCUGCACGGCAGGUCAUAGAUCCAUUCAGCGUCCCCGAUGCGAUCAAUCUGACAAAUGGCACAGUCGUGGCCCUCGACUUCACGGGCGCUUGCGCUGGUGCUAUCACAUUGAGCGCGCGCGAACGGACGAAGCCGACAGAUCCCCAAGAUUCCCUCUUCCUGUGCAAAGUGAUAUACUUCAUGGACGUCCAGGAACCGAUAUUGCUCCAGCAGAAACAGACACAAAAAGUACAUGGCGGCGGUAGCAGGCGAGAACUCGGACACUGAAACUCGGCCUCCAUUUUUGAUGCUGUUAAAGUCAACCUGGAGCAGGUCUCGAUCGCUGUCCACGGCUACAGCAGGGAGAAUGCGUAGGACAUGCAACUAGAGCGCCCACGUUACAAUCGAAGCCAUGGGCAGGACGUCGGAAGUGGCGGUCUCGCCGGGCGUGUAGCUUGAUUUGAUCUUCGCAACCUUGAUGACAUCCACGGCCGUGUGGCUGUCGAGUCGUCCCAUAUCGAGCAGGGCAAGGGCGCUGAGGACGGGUGCAAUGUUGGCUAGUUUGAGGCACAUCUGUGUAUCAAGCCCUAAUCGGCGGUCUGCCUCUGACGGCAUGGCCAUUUUCCUGCAAAUUAGCUGGACUUUGAGCUCGAGCAUGGUAUAGCUGACGGCGAGGGCGUGGUCGUCCAUAUUGUUGAUGUGUGCUGUGAUUCCUGGCGCCACAGAGAAUUGUCUCAUAUCCUCAUGGUAGUAUAAGAUUGACAACUCAUCUGAGGAUGGAGAGUCCAUUUUGCUGCUGUUUUGUACCGUCGGGGAAGCGAUUUUGCAAGGAAGAUUUGACAUUGUUACAGCAGUGAGAACCACUAACAGGUUGGGACGAAUGAUCAAUAUCUUUCAAUGUGUCCUUUUUGUAUGUAUAACGAAGGUAUCUUGCA